UCAAGAAAGUUACCUUCCUGGUUUACUGCUAUCUCCAGUCAUGGGGCUUUGGGGCAUACUUUGUUUUUUAAUGUUCCUAGGGAAAAGUUGGGGACAGGAGCAAACGUAUGUCAUUUCAGCACCCAAAGUAUUCCGUGUCGGAGCAUCUGAAAAUAUUGUAAUCCAAGUUUAUGGCUACACUGAAGCAUUUGAUGCCACAAUCUCUAUUAAAAGUUAUCCUGAUAAAAAAAUCAGUUACUCUUCAGGCUAUGUUCAUUUAACAACAGAAAAUAAAUUUCAAAGCUCUGCAAUCUUAACAAUACAACCCAAACAAUUAUCUGGAGGACAAAGCCUAGUUUCACAUGUGUAUUUGGAAGUUGUAUCAAAGCAUUUUUCAAAAUCAAAAAAGAUGCCAGUUACCUAUGAAAAUGGAUUUCUGUUUAUUCAUACAGACAAACCUGUUUACACUCCACACCAGUCAGUAAAGGUGAGAGUCUAUUCACUAAAUGAUGACUUGAAGCCAGCCAAAAGAGAAACUGUCUUAACUUUCAUUGAUCCUGAAGGAUCAGAAGUUGACAUUGUAGAAGAAAAUGAUUUUACUGGAAUAAUUUCUUUUCCUGACUUCAAAAUCCCAUCUAAUCCUAAGUAUGGUGUGUGGAAAAUUCGAGCUAAAUAUAAAGAGGACUUUUCAACAACCAGUGAUGCAUAUUUUGAAGUUAAAGAAUAUGUGUUGCCCCAUUUUUCUGUCACAAUAGAACCAGAAAAUAAUUUCAUUGGUUAUAAAACCUUUAAUAAUUUUGAAAUUACUAUAAAAGCCAGAUAUUUUUAUAAUAAAGUAGUCACUGAAGCUGAUGUUUUUAUCUUUUUUGGAAUAAAAGAAGACUUAAAAGAUAGUAAAAAAGAAAUGAUGCAAAAAGCAAUGCAAAGCACAAUGUUGACAAAUGGAAUUGCUCACAUCACAUUUAACUCUGAAACAGCAGUUAAAGAGCUGUCCUAUGAUGGUCUAGAAAAUUUAAACAACAAGUACCUUCAUAUUGGUGUAAUAGUCAUAGAGUCUACAGGUGGAUUUUCUGAAGAGGCAGAAAUUCCUGGCAUCCAAUAUAUUCUCUCUCCUUACAAUCUGAAUUUGGUUGCUACAUCUCUUUUCUUGAAGCCUGGGAUUCCAUAUUCUGUCAAGGUGCAGGCUAAGGAUUCAUUUGACCAAUUGGUAGGCGGGAUCCCAGUGACUUUAAGUGCAGAAAUGAUUGAUGGGAACCAAGAGGCAUCUGACUUGCAGUUAAAGAGUGUAACUCGUUCCAGUGAUGGAGUAGCAUCAUUUGUGGUUAAUCUGCCAUCUGGAGUGACGGUGAUGGAAUUUAACGUCAAGACCAAUGACCCUCAUCUUCCAGAAGGAAAUCAGGCCAGCAAACAUUACCAAGCAGUAGCAUAUUCAUCUCUCAGUCAAAGUUACCUUUAUAUUGACUGGACUGAAAACUAUAAACCUUUGCUUGUAGGAGAAUAUCUGAAUGUUAUUGUUACCCCCAAAAGUCCAUAUAUUGACAAAAUAACUCACUACAACUACUUGAUUCUAUCUAAGGGCAAAAUUGUCCACUAUGGUACAAGGGAGAAACUUCGAGAUUCAUCUUAUCAAAGUAUAAACAUCCCAGUAACAGAGAACAUGGUUCCUUCAGCCCGCCUCCUGGUCUAUUACAUUGUCACAGGAGAGCAGACAGCAGAAUUAGUGUCUGACUCAGUCUGGUUAAAUAUUGAAGAAAAGUGUGGCAACCAACUCCAGGUUCAUAUGUCUCCAAGGACAGAAACAUAUUCUCCAGGGCAACAUGUAUCUCUUAAUAUGGCAACUGAGUCAAAUUCCUGGGUGGCUUUAACGGCAGUAGACAGCGCUGUAUAUGGAGUCCAAAGGAGAACCAAGAAGCCUUUGGAAAAAGUAUUUCAACAACUUGAGAAGAGUGACCUGGGUUGUGGGGCUGGUGGUGGUCGAAAUAAUGCAGAUGUUUUCCGUCAGGCUGGACUCACCUUCCUCACCAAUGCAAAUGUAGAUGACAUACAAGAAAAUGAUGAACCUUGUAAAGAAGUUCUCAGACCAAGAAGAAUGCUGCAAAAGACAAUAGAUGAAAUAGCUGCUAAGUACAUGCACUACAAGGUGAAGCAAUGUUGUUAUGAUGGAGCUUUUCUCAAUGAUGCUGAGACCUGUGACCAGCGAGCUGCCCGUAUCAUAAUAGGUCCUAACUGUGUCAAAGCUUUCAAAGAAUGUUGUGUCGCUGCAAACAAGUUCCGUGAUGAGAUGUCUCAUAAAGAUAUACGACUGGGAAGGCUACAUAUAAAGACCCUGUUACCAGUAACCAAGCCAGAAAUAAGGAGCUAUUUCCCAGAAAGCUGGUUAUGGGAAGUUCAUCAGGUACCCAGAAGAAAACAGUUGCAGUUUGCACUACCUGAUUCUCUAACUACCUGGGAAAUUCAAGGUGUUGGCAUUUCAAACAGUGGUAUAUGUGUUGCUGAUGCUCUCAAAGUAAAGGUGUUCAAAGAUGUCUUCAUGGAGAUGCAUAUACCAUAUUCUGUUGUAAGAGGGGAACAGAUUCAAUUGAAAGGAACUGUUUACAACUAUAGAACAUCUGGCUUGCAGUUCUGUGUUAAAAUGUCUGCUGUGGAGGGAAUCUGUGUGUCAGGAAGCUCAGCCAGAACCCCUCAGGGGCCUAAGCCCUCCAGAUGUCAGCUCCAGAAAAUAGAAGGCUCCUCCAGUCACGAAGUGACCUUCAGCGUGCUCCCUUUGGAAAUCGGACUCCACAAUAUCAACUUUUCAUUGGAAACUGUAGUUGGAAGAGAAAUCCUAGUAAAAACAUUACGAGUGGUGCCAGAAGGUGUGAAAAGGGAAAGUUAUGCUGGUGUUACCCUUGAUCCAAGGGGUAUUUAUGGCAUUGCGAGCAGACGAAAGGAGUUCCCAUACAGAAUGCCAUUAGAUGUUGUCCCCAAAACAAAAGUCAAAAGAGUUGUGAGUGUCAGAGGACUGCUUAUAGGUGAAGUCAUGUCUGCAGUUCUGAGUGAGGAAGGCAUUGAUAUUCUCACCCACCUCCCCAAGGGUAAUGCAGAGGCAGAAUUGAUGAGUGUUAUUCCAGUAUUCUAUGUUUAUCACUACCUGGAAGCAGGAAAUAAUUGGAACCUUUUUUCUCCUGAUUCAUUAACUAAAAACCAGAACCUGAAGAAGAAAUUAAAAGAAGGGCUGGUGAGCAUCAUGUCCUACCGGAAUACUGACUAUUCUUAUAGCAUGUGGAAAGGUGGAGAUGCUAGCACUUGGUUAACAGCUUUUGUUUUAAGAGUUCUUGGGCAAGUAAAUAAAUACAUAGAUCAGAACCAGAAUUCAAUCUGUAAUAGUAUGUUUUGGCUGGUUGAGAAUUGUCAACUAGAAAAUGGAUCUUUCGAGGAAAAGUCCCAAUAUCAGCCAGUAAAAUUACAGGGUACCUUGCCUGUUGAAGCCCAAGAGAAAGCUUUGUAUCUUACGGCCUUUGCUGUGAUUGGGAUUAGAAAGGCAUUUGAUAUAUGCCCAUUGCUGAAAAUCACCAGAGCUUUAACUAAAGCUGACAGCUUUCUGCUUGAAAAUAGCCUCUCAACCAAGAGUACUUUCACAUUGGCCAUUUCUGCUUAUGCUCUUUCCCUGGGAGAUAAAACUCACCCACAGUUUCGUUCAAUUGUUUCAACCCUAAAGAGGAAAGCUUCGGUUAAAGGUAGUCCAAACCCCAUUUAUCGUUUUUGGAAAGAGGAUUUUGAGCAGCAAGGCAGCCCUGUACCUAACACUGGUACAGCACGUAUGGUAGAAACCACUGCCUACGCUUUACUCACCAGUCUGAACUUGAAAGAGAUGAGUUAUGUUAACCCAAUCAUCAAAUGGCUGUCUGAAGAGCAGAGGUAUGGAGGUGGCUUUUAUUCCACUCAGGAUACAAUUAAUGCCAUUGAAGGCUUGACAGAAUAUUCACUCCUGGCUAAACAACUCCGCUUGAAUAUGGAUAUCAAAGUUUCUUACAAGAAUAAAGGUGACAUCUACCAGUAUAAGAUGACUGAGAAGAACUUCCUUGGAAAGCCAUUAGAGGUGCUUCUCAAUGAUGACCUUGUUGUCAGUACUGGCUACAGCAAUGGUUUGGCUACAGUACAUGUAAAAACUGUGAUUCACAAAAUCAGUACCUCAGAUGAGAUCUGCAGCUUUCAUCUGAAAAUUGAAAUACAGGAAAUCGAAGCAUCCAGCUACAGAGGCUACAGCAGCUCUGAAUACCAGCGCGUAGUAGCGUGUGCCAGCUACAAGCCCAGCAAUCAGGAAUCGUCAUCUGGAUCUUCCCAUACAGUGAUGGAUAUCGCUUUGCCCACUGGAAUUGGUGCAAACGCAGAUGACUUAAAAGCUUAUGUGGAAGGGGUAGACCAACUACUAACUGACUACCAAAUCGAAAAUGGCCACAUUAUUCUGCAGCUGAAUUCUAUUCCCUCCAGUGACUUCCUUUGUGUUCGAUUCCGGAUAUUUGAGCUUUUUCAAGUUGGGUUCCUGAGUCCUGCUACUUUCACUGUGUAUGAAUACCACAGACCAGAUAAGCAAUGUACUAUGUUUUACAGUACAUCACAAACCAAACUUCAGAAAGUUUGUGAAGGAGCAACAUGCAAAUGUGUGGAAGGUAAGCUAUCUAGGUUACAUGCUUGUAACAUGCAAUCACUCAUAAUUGGAAGGCAGUCUAGGAGAAAGUGGCAAACUCGCUUCUUAAAAGAAGAAGGGGGGGCGGUAGCACAGUGGUUUAAGCGCACAUGGAGUAAAGUACAGAGACAGUACAAGGAUCCCAAUUCAAGCCCCCAGAUCCCCACCUGCAGGGGAGUCACUUCACAAGCGGUGAAGCAGGUCUACAGGUGUCUAUCUUUCUCUCCCCCUUUCUGUCUUCCCCUCCUCUCUCUAUUUCUCUCUGUCCUAUCCAACAAUGACGACAGCAACAACAGCAACAAUUAAAAAAAAAAGUAACAA